CUGACGGGAGGCGUCUGGCCGUUCGGGUUGUUCUCGCGCGCGCGAUGAGCUGCGGGAGCGGGGCCUGGCGCCUCGGGGCGGCGGUACCUGUGUGGGGAGCGCGGGGGGACAGCCAGCACCGCGUCCUGUUAUGGUGGGGAUGUCCGUCCCGCUCCUGGGGCGGGUGCUCGUUGGGCUGCGCCAGGGAGAAGAGCAGCCACCAGCUCUUUUAAGGAUUUCAGAUGUGUCCCUAAUGGAGAGAACUUUGGCUCUGCUACGGAGUGGAAUUAGCUGUCUGGAUCAGGGCCUGUCAUCUGUCACCAAGAGCAAUGGGCUUCUCAAUAUCACCUUUAAAUAUGACAACUGCACUCCUUACCUGAAUUCAGUGGGUAAACAUGUGAUUGGAGAUGUGCAGAAUAUAACCAUCAGUCAGUAUGCGUGUUACGAACAGGUUGCAGUCACAAUACUUUGGACAGCAAAUGCCAUUGGGAUUGAAUAUCUGAGAGGAUUCCGAGUAAUACUUGAAGAGUUAAAGUCAGAGGGAAGGCAAUGUCAGCAGAUGGUUUUAAGAGAUCCAAAGCAGCUGAACCCAAGUUUCAAAAGAACAGGAAUGGAAUCUAAUCCCUUUGCAAACCUGAAGUUUGAAACAGAUUACUUUGUAAAGAUUGUGCCUUUUCCUUCCACUAAAAAUGAAAGCAAUUAUCAUCCAUUUUUUUUCCGAACUCGACCGUGUGAAUUAUUGCUACAGCCAGAAAACCUCAUCUGCAAACCUUACUGGAAGCCACGGAAUCUGAAUGUUACCCAGCAGGGAUUCAAUAUGCAAGUCUCUUUUGAUCAUGCUCCCCACAACUUUGGAUUUAGAUAUUACUUUCUUCACUACAAACUGAAACAUGAAGGGCUGUUCAAGCAAAAGGCCUGCAAACAGGAUCAAAACACAGAUACCACAAGUUGUAUUCUUCAGAAUGUAACUCCAGGGGAUUAUAUAAUCGAGCUGGUCGAUGACACUAAUACAACAAGGAAAACAAUGCACUAUGCACUAAAACCAGUGCAUUCUCCAUGGGCUGGACCAAUAAGAGCUAUUGCCAUUACAGUGCCUUUAGUUGUCAUUUCGGCGUUUGCAACACUUUUCACUGUGAUGUGCCGCAAAAAGCAGCAAGAGAAUAUAUAUUCCCAUCUAGAUGAGGAGAGCUCAGAAUCUUCAGCUUAUGGUGCAGGGCUCCCUGUGGAAAGACUUCGCCCCCGGCCAAAAGUGUUCAUUUGCUAUUCCAGUAAAGAUUGCCAGAAACACAUUAAUGUUAUCCAGUGCUUUGCUUAUUUUCUUCAGGACUUUUGUGGCUGUGAGGUGGCUCUAGAUUUGUGGGAGGAUAUGAAAAUUUGUAAAGAAAGUCAGAAAGAAUGGCUCAUUAAAAAAAUAAAUGAGUCUCAGUUUAUCAUCAUCGUGUGCUCCAAGGGAAUGAAAUACUUUGUUGAAAAAAAGAAUUGGAAACACAGAGGAGUAACCAAAGACACAGGGAAAGGAGAACUCUUCCUAUUUGCUGUGUUGACUGUUGCAGAGAAGCUUCGUCAAGCAAAGCAGAAUUCAAGUGACCUCUGCAAGUUCAUUGCAGUCUACUUUGAUUACUCCUGCGAGGGAGACAUUCCUGGUAUUCUAGAUCUAAGUACAAAAUAUAAACUCAUGGACAAUCUGCCUCAGCUUUAUUCCCAUUUACAUUCCAGAGACCUUAGUGUGCAGGAUUCAGAGGUGUUUCCCGCUAAUGUUAGUAAAAGGAAUUAUUUCAGGAGCAAAUCUGGUAGGUCUCUUUAUGUUGCCAUUUGUAAUAUGCAUCAGUUCAUUGAUCAGGAACCAGACUGGUUUGAGAAACAAUUUAUUCCCUUCUUUCCACAUCCUCUACAUUACUCCGAGCCUGUCAUGGAAAAAUUUGACUCAGGCUUGGUUUUAAAUGACUUAGUGAAUAAACAGGCGGCGGAUGAAGAUUUUUACCUGAAAACAGAUGUAAAUAUUAUUUCAGCUGGAAGUUCAGACUCUCAUUGUAUAAUUCAGCACUUAAAUCUUGGAGAAGACAUAGAAACUCAGGACAUUCAGGGUGGUGGCAGCUCUGUUCUUCGACCAUUGCUACAUGCUGUUAAAGCUUCCAAUCUUAAAGAUAUGCCUCGGGAUUCUGGAAUCUAUGAUUCAUCCGUUCCUUCAUCUGAGUUAUCUUUGCCUUUAAUGGAAGGACUACUGACAGAUCAAACUGAAACAUCUUCCAUCACAGGAAGUGUUUCUUCAUCAUCAGGUUUAGGGGAAGAAGAACCUCCUGUAAUCACUUCCACAAAGUUCUUAGUGCCUGGAAUAUGUAAAGCAGAACUUCAUUGCCAUAUCCAUACUGAUGAUCUGCAGGCAAUUGCUCCUUUGUAAUACAUCAGUACAUUGUUAUGCAUUGCCACUUUAUCAGCAGCCUCUGUGCUUUAACCACAACACUAUUCCAGCACUAAAUUUACUUGAAGGAACAAAUGCUCCCUGAAGACGACCUGUUAUUCCUAAGGGAUUUUUAUGGCCAGUAAAUUUGAUCCUAUAGGCUUUCAUGAUUUGAGAAAUGCAACAUGGAGGAAUAGAUGAGAAACAUUUCAGUGUUAUUCCUAUUACUAAUUUAAAUUUCUUGAUGUUAUACUGUUUAUAGAUGUCAUAAUAAAAAGUGACCUUACUUACUAGCCAUAAUCUUGUAGCUGGAUGUGAAAUUGUUUGGAAUAGUGAGUUCAGUAUAUUUUGUAUUCUCAGCCCAUAAUGUCGAAAGCUGACACGUCUGAUGACAGGAGUGUUGUAGUGAAUGAGAGCAGGAUAUUUUUAAGAAGGAAGAUUAAAAAAAAGUGAGAUCAAGAAAUUCUUCCUUCACAAAAUCUAACCAUGCAAGUUCUUGAUUUAGUGCAUUUUUUUUGCUAGUUUUACUAGAGGAAGUGAUUGGAUUGAUAAAAUACAGGCAGAAAGAUUGCAGAAGUUGUGUGCUGAAGAGCUGCUGUGCAUAGAAAUACCAAAGCUACAAUCAUAAGAGGCAAUUUGUUAGCAACUGGAAGAUGAAGGUAAUGCCACUUUCCUCCAGAGAAAGUCCUAGUACUCAUACUGUUAUUUUAUGCUAGGCUAAAUGGAAGAUUCUGUGGUUCUGUUAAAUUAUGUGUUACUUAAAGGAAUUAAGUUUUCAUUUUAAGGUCUAAGAAAGCUCAGUUUUGAAAAGCAGUUGUUUUUAAUGUUUUUACUUUGAUUUCUUCAAAAUUCCUACAAAUCAUAAUUGUUUUGUAAUUAUAAAGGUCUGUGUGGAUGCCAAUCAAAUCUUUCAUAGGUGGAGGAAAAAACAAACAAACAAUUCUUUCAUUCCUUUGUAGCAUGAAGUGGAAACCGUAUAUUGCAUGACCUUGGAAAAAAGAAAGUGUACUUAAUGGAAAAUGUGUAAUAGUACAAACCCACACUUUAAAGUAUAUCCACACACGCACACAGAAUUGAAGAAAGUGAUAUGAUUCUUGAUCUAAUUUAGGCAUAAUUUUUUUUAAAGCCACAGUAAUUCAUAAAAUCAGAAAAAAUAUCCUGUAUAUUGACAUAGUAGAAGGAAAUGGUAUUGAGUUUGCAAAAGUUCUCCAUUUUUCCUCCAAAGAAUGUAACAGCUAAAAUCCUUGUAAAAAGUAUUUUAAAAACAAAUAUGUAAAUACAUAUAUUAGAGGUUAGCUUACUACUAUUUUCAAGCAUUAGUUGCUCUAAAUAAUGUUAAUGAUGAAAGGAUCCCCUUAAUUACUACUAGACGACAGUGUGUGGACAUCAAAUGUUUUUAAAUACAUUUUUUGGAAAGGUGGAAAAAACAUUGGAAAGCCAAAGGUUCAAGGAAUAGCUGUAUGUUCAAUAUGUUGGUAUCAUUGCCAAAAUUGUACCAGUACAUAAACACAACAACUGCUGAAAAUAGAAUGCAGCUGAUAUUUGCAGAAUUUUUUUUUUUUGCAGAAAGUUUUAUGGUACUUUAAGUUAGAAGUGAAAUAUCAGAAUAAAACAUUUUUGUUCAGUUGGUUUCAUUUGGCUUUUCUUAGUAGUAUAGAAAGACUAAGCUGGGGUCCAGUUGUGUUAUCCAGUUAUGCAGGUGUCCAAUUUAUGCAAUUAUGCUCACCACACAAACAGACUUGAACCACUGUUCACACUCCACAUCUAGAAAUGGAGCUGAUAUUUUGAUGUGUGUUUAAUAUAGUCGUGCAACUGUAAGAAGCUGUACUUGUCUGAAAGUUCUGUAUUGGAAAGACUGGGUCUGACUUUUUUAAAAUAAAACUGCCUUAAUAUGAUUUUAUAAAAUUAUUUUCUAUGUAUCCUCAUGGAAGUUUGCCUAGCAUUACAUACUUACAUGUCAACUGAAAUCUGUCCACACAAACUGUGUAGCUAUAAUGAACUGCUUUGGGUGCAUUUUGUCAAUGAAGAUGCAAUAAUUAUCUAAGAUUUAUAUGCCUUUAUUAUAUAUAUAUAUAUUUUAAUCUGAAUGAAAUUCAGCAUUCCACUCAAUGGAUCCUCCAGACUGUAUUCUCAAGGAAAAGUCUUAAAACCACUUGUGUUCCUUGUGUUGCUCAGGUAAAUGAAGGCUUUUGUAACAGGCUCGUUCUGGUACAAUCAAACUUAAAGACAAGAAAAGUCGGUAAUGAGUCUAUGAAACUGUUAUUGUUGAGGAAUUGAAUUCCAUACUUGGUGCUUAGUUUGCAUGUACAGUAGCUGUGUUGAAUUGGUUUAUAUUUUGACUUUACAAGUUAAAUUUUUUAUACCUGCCAUCUUCUCUGUGCCUCUGUCUCCCAGUUCUGAAUUCUGCUCUUAUCGCUACAUAAAUCAGAGACGUUCUGAAGUGUCAUUAAGUACAUUUAUAAUUCAGGAGAGAGUUUCAAGUUACUUACCUGAACUGCACUUCUCCCAGGUGUAUUACCUAGAAGGAUGUUCUGCAGUCCUAUUUGUGUGCUGUGCUCAGAGUCCUAUACACAAGGCAUUUUGUGUUUGAAAGAAAAUGGAAAGGAGGUGCUGCUACAGUUUUUAGACCUUUGGUUUAAAGUAUGAGUAACCUCAGAAUGUUUUUCUGAUGUUUGGGAACUGCUGGCCAAAAUUAUUCUAGUUUGAGGAUGUGAAAAGUCAUGGAUCGAUAUGGGGUGUGCAUGUGGAUUGCACAUCUCAAAAAAAAACCUUUGAAAGUAAGCUCUUAUUUUUCCUUAUCUUACAUUUAAAUACUGUGGUGACUUGAUGCUCAAGUGUUCCCCUCUCCUCCUCCCCCCCAGAAAAAAACAAACUACCUGAGAACUUUGCAUUUGAGCUAUAGCAAUAAAACGUGCAUUGCACACAAUAUGUUUAUUUGAACUAUAAAUGAUCAGACCUGAAUUACUUCUAAAAGGUCAGAAG